CUCCCUCAAAGGGCUCUGGGAACUACACUUCUUGUUGAGCGAACGGCUCCGGCAGGCCGCGCGUUACGGGGGCGUCACACUGCCCGCACCUGGGUCCAGAGCUGCAGAGUGUUUGAGGGGCAGGUCGGAGGGGGGUGCCUUUUCCUUCACUCUGCGCUCAGGUGGUGCGGAUCCGUGUUAUCUCGCCCCUCUGCCGUGCGCUCCUGGCCCGGCUCCCGGUGUCCGCUUUUCCUGGGCCCCUCAAGGAGUUGGGGCCUGGAGGUUCGGAGGUAACGGCCGCUGCCUGGCGCGGGAGCGAGGGGCGCUCCCCUCUUCAGCCCAGCCAACCCCGCACCUGGCCCUUGCCUCCAUGGGCCCAACUCAGAAACCCAACGUGUGCCGCCAGCUGAGUCGCCGGGCGCUGGGCUUCUUCUCGCGGGACGCAGGCGUGGUGCAGAGGACGAACCUGGGCAUCCUGAGGGUGCUGGUGUGCCAGGAAAGUACUAAAUUUAAGAAUGUGUGGACAACUCAUUCCAAGUCACCUAUAGCCUAUGAGAGAGGAAGAAUAUAUUUUGACAAUUAUCGGUGCUGUGUCAGCAGUGUUGCCUCAGAGCCAAGAAAACUUUAUGAAAUGCCAAAGUGUUCCAAAUCAGAAAAAAUAGAGGAUGCAUUAUUAUGGGAAUGCCCGGUGGGGGAAAUACUUCCCAAUUCAUCAGAUUAUAAAUCUUCACUCAUAGCACUGACUGCUCAUAAUUGGCUAUUUCGCAUAUCAGCAACUACUGGGAAAGUACUUGAGAAAAUAUAUCUUGCUUCAUAUUGCAAAUUCAGAUACCUGAGCUGGGACACUCCUCAAGAAGUCAUUGCAGUUAAGUCAGCUCAAAACAAGGGCUCAGUAUUGGCCCGGCAGGCGGGCAUUCAACAGCCUGUUUUGCUGUACCUUGCAGUGUUCCAUGUUUUACCUUUUUCACUCAUAGGGAUUCUGGAGAUCAACAAGAAGAUUUUCGGGAAUGUUACAGAUGCUACCUUGUCUCAUGGAAUACUGAUUGUGAUGUACAGCUCAGGACUGGUCAGACUCUAUAGCUUCCAAGCCAUCACUGAACAGUUCAUGCAACAGAAACUUGACUUAGGGUGUGCAUGCAGAUGGGGUGGGACUGCUGGAACUGUAGGAGAGGCUCCUUUUGGCAUUCCUUGUAAUAUUAAAAUCACAGACACACCACCACUGCUCUUUGAGGUGUCCUCCCUGGAGAAUGCUUUUCAAAUUGGAGGCCAUCCUUGGCACUACAUCAUCACACCUAAUAAGAAGAAACAGAAAGGGGUUUUCCAUAUUUGUGCCCUGAAAGACAACUCCUUGGCAAAAAAUGGGAUCCAAGAAAUGGAAUGUUGUUCUCUAGAAUCUGACUGGAUCUAUUUUCAUCCUGAUGCUUCUGGUAGAAUAAUACAUGUCGGCCCAAAUCAGGUCAAAGUUCUAAAGCUAAAUGAAGUAGAAAAUAAUAGUGCCCAGCAUCAGAUCUCUGAAGAUUUUGUCAUUUUGGCCAACAGGGAGAAGAACAAAAAUGAAAACUUACCCACUGUUACAGCUUCUGGACGGGUGGUGAAAAAAAAUUUUAACCUUUUGGAUGAUGACCCAGAACAAGAGACUUUUAAAAUUGUGGACUAUGAAGAUGAGCUGGAUUUGCUUUCCGUGGUAGCUGUUACCCAAAUAGAUGCUGAAGGAAAAGCUCACCUGGAUUUCCACUGUAAUGAAUAUGGAACUUUACUUAAAAGCAUUCCACUAGUGGAGUCAUGGGAUGUGACAUACAGCCAUGAAGUCUACUUUGACAGAGACUUGGUACUACACAUAGAACAGAAACCAAGCAGAGUCUUCAGCUGCUAUGUUUACCAGAUGGUAUGUGACCCUGGUGAAGAAGAAACAACAAACAGAAGUUGUGAAAAAGAGUGAGAUAAUUUUAAAUUUUGAGAUAUAACUUAUGAGAACUUUAGCCACAUAACCCCCAGCAGCUAUGUUCAAUCCUCCUUUUUGUUAUCUGCGUAGCAAGUUCUCUAGUAUUUUCUAGAAAAGGUCUUGUGUUGUCUUCAGAUGACUGUGACUUCUUUUUUAAAUUCUUGCCAUUCAAGGGGGUGGUAAGGAGCAUUUUAGAGCUUUUCACUGGUGGUGGCGCAAAUAUUAAGUGUUGGGGAGCACAAAAUACAAGUUAAUUUCAGUUGUUGGGAGAGGGUUAUUGAUGGAGAAGUAUUUAACAUGGUUCUUAAAGGAUGAUAUGGAAUUUUGAUAGGUAAGACUAGACAGGAGAGACAGACAGAUGUAGAAGAUACAGAAAGAAAUCCUCUAACCUCUACACCAAACUUUGCCUAAGGGUGAGAAAGGAGAUCUGUAAUGUGAAAGAAUACUUUUGAGCCAUAAAUAUGUCAUCACAUUU